AUGAGCUCGUCCUCAGACCCAGAAACCACGCCAACCACGUCCUCCUCGUCAAACAAGAAGAUCGUCUUCCAGACCGAGACGACAGGGAGCUACUGGUCCGACGUCAAAGAGGCCAUCAAGAAGAUCGGCGAGAUACCGUGCGCGCGGAAUAGUUUGCUGAGCGGGAUCGCGAGCGGCGCGGGCGUCGGGGUCAUCCGUGGGAUGUCCGCGGGACCGUUUUGGGCGUCGCAGUGGGCGGUCGGGACGUUCGUGCUCAUUUCCAUGGGUACAUGGACAAUCUGCCGGAAGUCCAUGGAGGAGGAGCGCAGGCGGAUACAACAGGUCGUUGAACAGAUACCGAAGCGGCAUACGAAGAAGCAUGAUGACCAGUCGCCCUUGCCGCCAGGUCCUCAGUCAUGA